UGGACAUAUAAUUUUAUCGGAUCAAUUAACCAAUUCAAUGUCAAAAUAUCUAUCUUUUAAAUACAUUUUUGCACUAAAUUGUUUGUGGAAAGAAAGCUUCUUGCUAAAAUGGAUCGCUUUAAAAAGAAACGGGAACUGCCCGUUCCCAUGCUGCUGGACAGACACUGUCUGCGCCAAGUUAUUGCCACCUACAUGGACAAACUGUCGCAGAAUCAUCCACAGGCAACAAUGGGACAUAGCACACCCUCCCCUUGCUUUCAGAGGGAGUUUUCUAUGCUGUGGUACUUGGACAACUUCUUUGACGAAGUAAAGCACUGCUUCGUUGAGUGUAAAGCUAAGAUUAGUCCCGAAGCAGAGGCCUACGCAGCGUGCUGCAAGAGCAGACAACAAAUGGAACCUCAAAUCAAAGCACAGAGUGACGCCAAAGUGAACAUAGAAGAGGCUUCGAGAGGCCGCGGUCGUCGUCCAUUACGUGACAAACCAAAGUGGAGCCUUGAACACAAAAAAAGACUUAAAGAUGAGCAGAGAGACAUAGAGGGACUUCGGCCAAGGCAGAAACUGACGAGUCAAGCCGGGAAAGGUGUCCAUGCUUCUGGUCCUUAUCGUGAUCCAACGCCCGAUCCGCCGCCAAUGCAGGAGCCGGAAGAGAACCAAGAGAGGAACGAAUUAUAUGAAAAGAACUUGAUGAAUAUGUUUCCCCAUAACAAAUCGACUGCCUCGAUACAUACGCCCUUUGGAAAAUACACGGAAAGCGAUAAAGGCAAAGAGGAGUCGCAUCAAGCCCACGAUAUAUUCGAUAAGAUGAUUAAAAGUGCGGCUGCUUUGGUGUCAGAGCACCAUCCGUUGCUCAAGAGCACCCACGCUUUGAUCACCGCCAAGGAUGUGGCGAAACUCAAGGAGCGUCGACAGCCACAUGUGCCACAAAAGGAACACAAAGCACACGCGAUGAAGCCGAAGGGGAGGAGCUGGUACACAAAACCCUUAAAGGAAAUGCUGCAAGGCAAAACCUUUUCAGAGAAGAUUCCUUUGCUUAAGAGCUCGCACCGAAUGCAGUUGGGCAAGGAAGGGGAUUCCAAGAGCAAGACAAGAAGAGACUUAAGACUUAAGAAAAGAGCUUCAGGUAGCUCCAAGAAUGAGGAUAGCUCCGAUCAGGCAGGGUCAGGACUGAAGAAAAGAUCGGAGGGUAGCCCCAAACAUGAACGUGACUCCAAUCGGAAGCGAACGACGGGGAGUCAGCGAGAAGGGAGGAACAGUGUCGACAGCUUUGCCAGCGUCAAUCUGGAGACCUUCAUCCAGGAAAGAGAGAAUGCCAACGCCGACAGUGAGAUGUCCCUCAAGCAUCGGGAGAAAAAAAUCAACAUAACAGAGCCAAAGUUUUCGAAAACCUUUGGUAAAAUGCUUCAGGGCAAGGCAGCCGCCAUACCAGAGCUCCACCCGGCUCUGAAGAGCUUCCACCACAUGCCCACAGCCACUGAUGAGGCAUCGACUCCACCCACGCGAUCACACGGAUCAAAACACGGAAAAAUCAUUUCAGGGAUACCCGCACACAUUCAGGCAGCCAUGCACAUGCCCGCACACGCACCCAAGAGUGGCCGGAGACCCAUGGAGGACAGUGCGGAUGUGAGCUCGAUUGCCUCGAUCCUAAAACUGCCAUCUGAAUUUGAGGAUAAACCCCAUCAAAUCAGAGGGCUGCCCGACAACAAAACCUGGUACAAGCCCAUCAGAACGAAAUUCAAAUCUUCGAGAAAUAUACCUCGUCUGGGCAGGCAAAGGUUCGCUGACUACGUGCCGGAAAAACUCAUACCCUACGCCUCCCACAUUGACUCUGAUGUCUUUCAUAAUUUGUAUGUGGAUGGGAAGGGUUCACAUCCGACUGAGAAAAACACAAAAAUAAAAAACUUUUCUUUUUACAUCAAGAACUCCAAGCCGGAUCGUAAAAUAAUGAGAAGAGAAGGCUCGAAGCACUCCAUUGGCUACCUGUCGCCCACGAGAAGUCUCCUCAGCCGUGCCAGUUGGCUGAGCAGGAAAAGCUCUCACAGUUACACAGAAAAAGGAUCAGUGAUCAGCCUAAUGGAUAUGGCCAAGGCUGUGCUGCCCGAGCAGAAAAAAGAAGUGAAGGAAGAUGAAGUGUUCGAUGAAUUAGACUUUGUGUUCGGAAACAUGCCAGACCCUGUCCUUAACGAGGUGAACACACCCUCGCCCAUGCUAUCAGUGACCACAUCCAGGCGACAAAGUAAAGUUGUGCAACGAACGGAAAAUACCAGCGAGGAGAGGGCCAUGCUGGAGACGAAAAUCAAGAAGCUCAUGGAACACUGUGCCAUUCGGCAGAUCCAUCAACCCAAGGCGAAGCGUAAUUUUGUGGCCGAGGCCAUUCACCGCACCUAUGUACCCCCGCCACACAAACACAAGAAACCUGAUCCCAGCAAAGCGAAGCAGCGGCCCAGAGACAAGUUCCCCACCACUGUGGAGCUGCUGAGAAUGCCUAGGACCAUCAAGGGGCCAACUGUCUACGAGAGGAGCCUCCAAAAAUACCCGUCCGAAAAGUCAACAGAGUGGGACUAUCCGCUGUUGGAGCCGAUAAAGCCUCUAAGGAUACGUCGCUAUUCAAAUCGCAGCCCUGCUUACAUUUGCAUGGACAAACAGCUGGAGCAGAAGAAAACUCUCGAAGAACUGCCAAAGGUGGAUGAGCGGGAAGCUGGAGAUAGCCAAGCCAUAGAUGGAGAUCAUUGUGAUUGCAGCAUUUGCAAUCGGCUCGGAAAGCAUAAACGGGAGCCGGACUCCCCACUGAUCAAGCGGUUAAAGGCCCAGUCGCGACGUCUCGAACUUCGUGCUUAUUACCGUCAAAUGAGGCGUCGAGAGCUGCAGAAAGGCCUGCAAGCGACUCCUGUAGCUACCUGCCCAGCGCAGACAGCGAACUGCUGCUGAGUGCGAACAAAAGAAGCACCUUGGGGGCACCUUUCAUCAUACAAAGCAUGGGUUUGGGUGGCCAAAAGGCAGCCCGGAACUCUGGCUGCCAGGUGGGAGCAUAUUAAGUGCCUCACCUGGCAGCCAGAUGGCCAGACUGCCUCCGCCAUCCUUCGAGUGUGCUACAGGUUUAAACGUUUUUAUUUGCGUACAAAUAAUACAAGUGAUAUAAAUGCAGUGCUGGCUGGGAAGACUUCA